AUGAUUGCAGAUGGAGAGUUACCGGGGGGCGAUGGAGAGAGUGAUGAGGAGGAGGCGGAUGGGGAGGAGGAGGAGGAGGAUGGGGAGGAGGAGGAGGAUGGAGAGGGGAAGGAGAAGGAAGGAGACAACGAGGAAGGGCGUAAUCUGGAGAUUCGUGAAGAGGGAAGUAAGGAGCGUGGUAGGAAAGAGGGAGCAGAUGAAGAACGACAGCCACAAGAUUCAAAGGAGAAUAAGGAGAGCAAGGAGGCUCAUGAGGCAGAGGCAGAGGCAGAGCGAGAGGACGAUGAGGAGGAAGCGGAAGGUGGAGGAGGCAUGGCGAGUGCGUGGAAGGGCUUGUGUGAAACGGCUCCUGGGCUUGCUGCAGCGCUGGAGUGGGUGCAUGAUGCCGGCAGUGAGCUCAGCCUGGCGAUGCAGUGGGAUGAGGGCUACGACAUGCAUAGCUGGGUGCUCUGCCACAAGCCCUCAGGGUUUGAGAUGGUGUUUGGGCCAGCCCCUGAUGCAGUCAACGAAGUGGGCCUGCCUCCCGCCUCUCCCUCCCCCAUGGACCAGCGGCAGCCUCCCCCUCCUGCCGCUGCCGCUUCUGGCAGUGGUGGUGGUGAUGGGGACAGCGAGGGCAGGUACGGCGAGGGAGCGGAGGAGCGGAAGGGGUUUGUGAUGCGUGUGACGACCCUGGGGCGGGUGGAUGAGAGCAGGGCACCCAGGUGGAUGAGGGCGGCGGUGUCAGAGGAUGAGGACGAGUACUGCAUGUGCUGUGAGAGCAAGCUCAUCCGCAACCUUAGGGCCCUGCGCAAGAUCCUCCUCCAGUAA